UCACGCUGUCAGAUCUCAGAUAAAGGCUGUUCUUCUCUGGGAUCAGCUCUGAAGUCAAACCCCUCCAGUCUGAGAAAACUGAAUCUGAGUAAAAACCAGCUGAAGGAUUCAGGAGUGAAGCUGCUGAGUGGUUUUCUGGAGAGUCCACAUUGUAGUCUGGAGACUCUGAGUCUGUCAGACUGUCAGAUCUCAGAUGAAGGCUGUUCUUCUCUGGGAUCAGCUCUGAAGUCAAACCCCUCCAGUCUGAGAAAACUGGAUCUGAGUAAAAACCAGCUGCAGGAUUCAGACUUGAAGCUGCUGAGUGGUUUUCUGGAGAGUCCACAUUGUAGUCUGGAGACUCUGAGUCUGUCAUGGUGUCAGAUCUCAGAUAAAGGCUGUUCUUCUCUGGGAUCAGCUCUGAAGUCAAACCCCUCCAGUCUGAGAGAACUGGAUCUGAGUGUAAACCAGCUGCAGGAUUCAGGAUCUGUCAUGCUGUGA